CUAAAAAACACAAUAAACCCAUCUUCCUUUCCAACAGCCACGCCUGAGAAAGAAGCAAAGCGGUGGGAUGGCAACUACGAUGUCAGCAGAGAAGAUGAGAACAUUGGAAACAACCCUGUUUUCAGGCACUUACAUUCAACCAACUUGUUUCACCACUUCCGUUUCCUACAAAUCUCGAAGAACCCCAAUUGCACUGACCUUAACCACCAACACACAGCCACGACCAAAGGGAAAGCCACUGGGUUGGUCAUUGGAACAAACACUUGGUGCGCAAUCUCUGCCUGAGAAGAAAACUGGGAAGAAAAGGGUCUUCUUUUUAGAUGUUAAUCCUCUCUGUUAUGAAGGAAGUAAGCCCAGCAUGCACUCUUUUGGUAGAUGGCUCUCUCUUUUUCUCUCUCAAGUAACUAACAACGACCCUGUCAUUGCGGUUAUUGAUGGAGAAAGGGGCAGUGAGCAUCGCAGAAAGCUGCUACCCUCUUAUAAGGCACAUAGGAAAAAGUUCACGAGACACCUAUCUUCUAUGCAAAGAUUUUCAAGUGGUCAUGUGGGGAGGUUCAAUCAAGUCAUAAAUGAUGUCCUUGGAAGGUGCAACAUACCAGUUAUAAAAAUUGAUGGCCAUGAAGCUGAUGAUGUUGUAGCUACACUUGCUGGACAAGUUCUCAAUAAAGGGUUUCGAGUGGUGAUUGCCUCCCCGGAUAAGGAUUUUAAACAACUUAUUUCUGAAGAUGUGCAAAUGGUUAUGCCUUUGCCAGAUUUACAGAGAUGGUCCUUCUACACCCUGAGGCACUACAGAGACCAGUACAAUUGUGAUCCCCAGUCUGAUCUCAGCCUUAGAUGUAUAGUAGGUGAUGAAGUUGAUGGCGUUCCUGGCAUCCAACAUGUGGUCCCUAGUUUCGGCCGGAAGACUGCUCUAAAACUUAUUAAAAAGCACGGUUCACUGGAAACUUUAUUGAGUGCUGCUGAAGUAAGGACUGUGGGCAGACCAUAUGCACAGGAUGCCCUUACAAAGUAUGCUGAUUACCUACGGAGAAACUAUGAAGUUCUUGCCUUGAAGAUGGAUGUAAAUGUCCAACUUUAUGAAGAGUGGUUGGUGGAGAGAGACACUCAAAACGAUGCAAUUGCACUAUCUACCUUCUUUAAAUAUUUGGAAGAAAGUAAGGAGCUCACCUACAAUAACAGACCUAACCUUUAUAAUGGUUGAAUUCAUACAGGGAUCUUGCUGGUAUUAUGUUUGCUGACUAUAAAAACGAAGCUUGCUAUAACUGCUUCAUCAGCAUCCGUACAGUGGACUUGCUUUCCACUAAGUCAGCAUCUGUGUUUUCCACUGACGAACAAGCAUGCCUAACAUUUAUGUUUGGAGCGAUGGAGAGCACCGAUCUACGCAAAUGAGGCCAUAUAUACUUCUACCAGUGGGUUGUUAUGAAAUUGAAAUUGCAACCAGAAUAGAAGCAUGCUUCGAUCAGUUUAAUCAAUUCUGGCACCCAGAAGCUACACACAAAAACUUCUCCUCAGCAUUAAUUCUGGUUUCAAAUCAAUUAUAGAAUAAUUUCGAAACAUGCUCUAGAUAUGAGACAAUAUCUUCAGAUAUCUCAUAUCUGCAUUGAGGUACAUAUAAACUAGUCUGCCUCCACAUUUCGUGAACAUGUUCCGAUAAUUUAUUACAUACACUUUACAUCUUUGUUGGGAUUUUGAUUUGUUGUCCAGUUGUGAGGAGAUAAAUUUCAUUGUAUGGAAAUGUUUUAUAAUGGUUAUUCUGGUGGUCACCAUUCUAUUUGAAAAUAAUGGUAUUGGCUUUAUUGUCAACUGCAAAUAUUUUGAAGAUUUGGGGACAUUGAUUUUGUGAUUCUUA